AAGAUGGCGGCCCCCAGGAGGGAAAGGGCCGAGGGGAUGCCCAGCGGCUCCGAGCCCGGGGCGGCCCCUUACGGGAACUUCCCCAAUUACUCCCGCUUCCACCCGCCCGAGGGCCGCGUCCGUCUCCUGCCGCCGGCGCUGCUGGGGCGGCUCUUCCCCGCGGGGCCCUCCCCACUGCUGGGGCUGGACGUCGGCUGCAACUCGGGGGAGCUAAGCAUUGCUCUCUACAGACACCUCCUUGGUCUUCAGGAGAAUGAGGCCAGCCCUGAUCAGCCGGUUGUUGGAAAGAUCCUGAACCUCCUGUGCUGCGACAUCGACGCAGCACUGAUCGAGAGAGCUGAGCGAUGCAGUCCCUUUCCUGGCUCCAUCUGCUACGCCACCCUGGAUGUCAUGGAUGCUGGCGCCCGGGAGUUGUUCUUGAGCUCCUAUCUGAGCAGGUUCAGCCGUUCCACCUUUGACAUCGGCUUUUGUAUGUCAGUGACCAUGUGGAUCCACCUGAACCACGGGGAUGAUGGCCUGGUGGAGUUCUUAUCCUACCUUUCGUCUCGGUGCAACUACCUGCUUAUUGAACCCCAGCCGUGGAAGUGUUACAGAGCAGCCGCCCGGCGCCUCCGGAAGCUGGGUAGGAAUGAUUUUGACCACUUCCGCUCUCUUGCCAUCAAUGGGGACAUGGCAGAGAGGAUAACCCAGAUCUUAACCGAGGACGGUGCCAUGGAACUGGUGUGCUGCUUUGGUAGCACAAGCUGGGACAGGAGUCUCUUGCUUUUUAAAUCAAACCGAUUGACUCAGAAGAAACUCUGAGAAAGGGCAGCCCUGUGCCUGAUGAAAACAUCAUCCUGCACCCAGGCAGAGGAGGAGAGAGAGAGGUAAUGGUCUGAGCAUAGAACUGGGAGCCAGGAGCUUCUGAAUCUGCAUCUCAGAUCUCGCGCUGAUUCCUCUCACCCCUCUCUGCCUCAGUUUCUCCAUCUACAGAACGAGGAUGAUAAUUGUGACCUAUCUCUUGGGGUGCUCGGGUAAAGUGCUUUUGAAGAUAAAAAGUGCCAUAUAAGUUCUUUGUACAUACACUAGAACAGGUUAUUUCAUGGAAAGACCGUGCAUUUGCCUAUUCCCAAGGGAACAAAAAUACACUUCCAUUUAUCACAUGUGAGAAUCCGUUUCGUCCCUCAUAUAAUAUUUUCUAUAGUUCUGUUUUAUGACUGCGCUUCCAAGAAGGCUAACAGCAUUUUGGGCUGUAUAAGUAGGGGCAUUGCCAGCAGA